AGGUCCAGUUAUUUUUAUCUAACCACUUAAUGAACCCUGAUAAUUAUAUGUUUCUAUUUCAGAAACUGAAUAUUAUACUGGUAUGAAGUCUGGGAUUUGCUAUAAUAUAAUUAUUGCUAAAGUUAGUCUUGGACUAGUGCAAAAAAAAACCUGUGCUAAACUAGCAAUCCAGUAGCUUCAAAAUGACUAAAAAGAGGAAACACCAAGAGGAUUUUCAAAAGGUGAAGCUAAAAGUUGGAAAAAAGAAGCCUAGACUAGAAAAUGCAACUGAUACAAACUUCAAAACAAAGGCCAUAUAUCUUCCUGAACAGCUUAAAGAGGAUGGAAUACUUCCCACAAACAAUAGAAAACUUAAUAUAAAGGAUCUGCUUUCACAGAUGCAUCACUAUAGUGCCGGAGUUAAGCAAAGUGCUCUUCUUGGGCUCAAAGAACUGCUAUCCCAGUAUCCGUUUGUAAUUGAUGCACACCUUUCAAAUAUACUAAGUGAGGUGGCGGCUGUGUUUACAGACAAGGACUCUGGUGUCAGAGUAGCGGCAAUCCGGCUCCUUCAGUUCUUGGCUCCAAAAAUCCGAGCUGAGCAGAUUGCUCCAUUUUUUCCUUUGGUAAGUGCCCACCUCUCCAGUGCCAUGACUCACAUUAGUGAAGGAAUUCAGGAGGAUUCUUUAAAGGUCUUGGACAUCUUGUUGGGAGAGUACCCAAUCCUCCUUACUAAUCGCUGUAGUAUAUUGCUGAAGAAUUUUGUAGAGCUUAUUUCUCACCAGCAGUUGUCAAAAAACCUGAAAAGUAGAGAGAAAAUAUCUUGGAUGCUGUCUGUUAACCCUAACCGCAGAGUAACUUCACAGCAGUGGAGGCUGAAUGUACUGAUCAGAUUCAAGAAGUUUCUCCAAGCAUUGGUAGAUGUUUCCAGCGGAUCAGAAGAUGAUGAAGGAAUCCAGGAGCAAAAGGAGAACUCCCAGUUCACGAGGAACUCAGUAUGUAUAAGCUGGAAGGAGCAUGCCAGUAAUCAGCAGCAGAUCCAGCUAUAUGAAAAUGGUGGGUCUCAACCAAGGAUCAAUUCAGCAUUCAGACUAAGGUCCCUGGUAAGCGUGACAGACAGUGUGGAAAAAGGCCUGUCUUCUGCUGAAAAUUUAAAAGGGUUUAUUGAGAUAAUAAUUCCAUUAUUGAUUGAGUGCUGGAUUGAAGCGUCUCCUGCACAACUUGCUGCUCCCAUUCUUGGUAAUCUUUUGGAACCUGAAUCUCAACAGCUGAUGCAGCAAGUGCUUAGUAUCAUAUACCUGCUGUGGAAACUCACAAAGCAACAUGAUGAAACACACAAAAUGGAGGCAUGGCUUCGAAUGAAUUACCUUGUUGAUUUCAAGCAUCACUUCAUGCGUCAUUUUCCUUAUUCUUUACAAGAAACAAUUAAGCACAAAAAGAGAGAACCAUACAAAAGCGCCAAGUACUAUAUGACAUCGUCAAACAGCGUAGACCAUCUUUUAUUGAAUUUAACCCUGUGUGACAUUAUGGUUUCACUGGCAAGUGCUUCAACACUUCAAAUGGAUUCUGACUGGCUGGGUAUGAUAAGAAAGUUUGUGACCGAAACCCUUCAGGAUGGUUGCAGAUUGAGCUGCAAGCAGUUGAACAGAUUGCUUGGAGUGACAUGGAGACUAAUGGAAAUACAACAAAACAAAGUGGCAACAGAGACUUUGAUAAAAGCAGUAUAUACACUGUACCAGCAGAGGAAUCUCCUCUUUCCUGUUCGUAUGUUGCUUUUGAAAUUUUUUAGCAGGGUUUAUCAGAAAGAAGAACUGAGCAGUCAAAAAAUCAGAAGCCGAAGUAAAGUUUUAUCUCGUUGGCUGGCUGGCCUACCUCAGCAGCUUGCUCUGCUUGGCUCAAGAAAGCCUGAGCUUUCAAAACAGUUGAUUGAGACCAUUCAUUCUGCUGCAUCUCAUUCAAACAAGGAAUUGUUACAAAGUUUGCAAGCCACUGCUUCUCGAAUUUAUGAUCCACUAGAUGGCACUCUGGUUCUUCUUCCAGCAGAGUCACAGCAACGUUUAGUGCAGCUUGUAUACUUUCUACCAUGUCUACCAACCGACUUACUUUCUUCUCUAAGUCGCUGCUGCAUUAUGGGAAGAAUGUCUUCAGAUCUAGCUGCCACCCUCAUUGGGAUACUGCAUAUGAGGUGAAAUGUUCAUCUAUUU